AUGAAUAGUUGUCCUCAAAAGCAAAGAGAAAACCACCAAUCAGAGUCGCAGGCUUUUGUUAUUUGUUCUGGCACUUACAAAGAAUUUUACGACUCUUUACGACUGAAAAAAGAAGUACUCAAUAAAAUGCGCGUAGAUGAGGUAUCUAAAGUCGUAAUGAGUGACAUAUUGAUAUGUAGCUAUGGUGAAAGUCAAUUGAAGAGACAUAAGCGGGUGCAACUGGCCACAAUGGUUUCCAAUAAACUCAGGGAGUUAGGCAGACUAUUAUUAGUCCUAAAAGAAAUGACUGGUUGCCAUAGGUUUUUAGAUAUUUUAAAACCAGAGUUUUUUGACAAUCUUGUUACAGCAACAAAAGUAAUAAGUGGAUACAAUGAAGCGAAUAAAAACUUUAGAGCUCCAAGCUUAGCCCUUCACAUGAGUACGAGGUUGGUUCAAGUUUGCGACAUUGCUACUAAGUUGAUUAUCAAAAAACAUCGAUUUUUGGAAUGUAAAGAUCCUGAAGCAACACUUAAAAACAUUAAACGUUUACGAUCACUAAUAGUAGGUCAUUGGAACUCCGAAAUAUCGAGUUUGGCUCUCAAAGAUUUAAACGAAAAGCAGUGGGAGAAACCAAAAAUGUAUCCGCUAACCUCAGAAAUUAUGCAAUUUCAAAAAUACGUAAUAAAUGAAGCUGAAAAUGCAUGUGCGAAUAUUGAAGCUAAAAGAGAGUUAGAGGUUAAUUUUCGUAGAUUAACAGAGUGUAUCAUGGCGUUGACGCUUCUCCUCAACAGAAAACGAAUAGGCGAAAUACAGUUCCUAAAAAAAGACACCUAUCAAAAUGACAUUCCCUCAAACCACCAGCAGGAAAUUAUUGAUUCUUUAACCGAAAAUGAAAAAAUUUUAACUCGAAACUUCAAAAGAGUAGUCACAGGGGGAAAGGGAAGUAAACCUGUAGUAAUUUUGUUCCCUAAAAAAAUCCAAUCACUAAUUGAUUUUAUGUUGUCUGUACGAUCUGAAUGCGUUUCAAAAGAAAAUAACUACCUAUUUGCUAAUCCCAAAACUGAUAGUAGAUGGCUUAGUGGAUACCAUGUUUUAAAAAAGCUAGCUCAACAAUCGGGUGUUUCAAAUAAGGACCUGUUUACAUCAACAAGACUUAGAAAACAAAUUGCCACUGUUCUUCAAGUUAUGAAUAUUGGUGAAUCUGAAAUGGAACAAUUUGCAAACUUCAUGGGGCACACAAAAAAAACUCAUGAGGAGUACUAUAGAUUACCACAGGACGUAUACCAAACAGCUAAAGUAUCGAAAAUACUUAUCGUUAUAAACAAUGGUAAAGGAGCCCAAUAUAAAGGCAAGACCCUAGAUGAAAUUGAUUUAUCUGAUAAUGUCGACUCAGAUAACUCGGACCAUGAAGACGCUAAUGUUAGUGCCACAAAAAGAACUAUCAAACGUUCCAAAACCAGGUUAUCUGAAUCUCCUAGCGCGGCUUAUGAUGUGCCAGGUCCUAGUAGAAUUUAUAACGAACCAGUUACAAUUCCAGCAGUAACUGAAAAAAGAAUUCCAUAUAGUGAUUCAAGUAAAUAUUCUAGCGGUUCAAGUGCAGACGGUGAAAUAUGCGAACCACAACUAAAAAGAAAGGCGUGGAAUGAAACCCAAGCAAAAAUAUUAAGAAGUUUUUUUGCUAAACAUAUAAAAGAAAAGAUCGCCCCUAAAAAGCAUGAAGUUGAACUAUUAAUAAAAGAAUACCCAAAAGUGUUUAAAGGCCGAAAAUGGGUUACAAUAAAAGCGAAUUUAUUUAGCCUAAACAGUACAGCAGCCGAAGUUGUAUAUGCUAUAUUGGAACGAUUUGAUCUGCUAGGAGUAAGAAACCAAAAAAAGUCAUCAAGUCAAGGAAGAUAUUAUUCGGCUAUACAAUUUGGUUCGUCUAAUAGGUCAGAGAGUGGUAGGCAUAUGCUUAGGAGAGAGUAUAAUGUAAGAACAGAAGAAGUAGACCUAGAAAAAGAACCAAACUGUGAGGAAAAGGAUCAUGAAAGACUCAUUCGGAAGCAAAAUCAUCCUAUAACAAAGGCUCAGGAAAAGGAAUAUCUGGACAUUGAAGGUUCUGAGAAUGAAAUCCACUGCAACACAGUAUUCUAUGAAAACGAAUAA